AUGGGAAAGCAGCUCCACAAUGCUACUUCCUCCGCCGGAGAGUUGCCGGCGGCGGCGAAGCGAAUCAGGAGAACCAAAACCAUAUGCUCUUGCAACUCUCCUCGUCCGCCAUUUCUCUCCGCUCACUCCGCUUUCUCUUGGUUCGAUGAGGAUAUUUGGACGGAGAUUGCAAAGUUUCUGGAUGGGAAAUCUCUGAUAAUGCUUGCAGCUACAAGCCGGUGGUUCCGCCGUGCUAUCAUGGAUGACGGUAUUUGGAAGUUUGUUUGCCUGCGUGACCUUCAAGUUCCAUCUCCACCACGUGUGGCGUUCAAGUGGAGCAAGCUCUACACUUCUGCCUUUGAUGGAAGCCAUUCCUAUAAAUUCCGACAGCAGGAGAAGCACAUUGAUUGGAUGCGUAUAGGUGCUUUUUACUUUGAUUCUUCAGUAGCCCUCUUGACAGAGAGACUGACUUUUCCGGGUGAGUUAAAGAAAGAAGAAAGUAUGGAAAAGAUGUUGCGGUCUCACGGUUGCUGCUUUCUGGACCACAUUAAACCUGGAAUCUGGAUAGCUGAUCUGCAGCUUGUGCGAUGCCCGGUCUGUGACCUCAAUACAUGCGAUGGAACGAUGCAGACAUUAGAUGCAAGGCAUAUAGAACUAUUCCUCUGCGAAGGUUACCAAAGUGGUAGCUGGGACUACGACCUUGUAGGAUGUCAUGAUCUCAAGAAGCGAGCAGAUGGGGCAACUGGCUCCAUUAUUGAUGUCAAACACCUGGAGAGUUCUUCUACAUCUGCAGUAUUUGAUUACAAAUCAUGGAUUGGGAAACAUAAUGACUGGCAGCCCAAGGCAAUGAUUGCUUUCCAUGCAGUAGCUGUGAACACUAAUUUACAAGAAAAUGAAGGUCUUCAUGUGAAGUACCAAGCUAUGAGGGCAGGACCUGGUGGAGAAGUUGUUUCCAUUAGAAUCUCUCAACAGCUUUUGUGA